AUCAAAACAAAAACACCGGUCAGGAAGCAGGAAGGGAAAGGCAAGCAGAACUCUUGUAGUUAAAACAUGGUCUUCUUCAGCUUCCAGAGGGAACCCCAGAACCGUGCCUUCUAAAAUUCCCUCCUAUCUCAGGAGAAGUGACCUUAACAUUUUCAGAAGGACACAAGAUCAGAGACCUCCAAAGUACAUUCCUUCUUGCUGCCCACAUCAAAAGGCCCGACUGGGUAGUGUGAAGUGGACAAGAAAGCCUCACACAAGAUUUCCCAGGCUCCCCGUAGGUCUCCAAUGCUGACUUGAUGGACCCACCUGGGGCAGAGUCCGUCUUUACAACACUUGGAAAAACAAAAGACUCACUGAGAAGCAACAUGCACCCUGUCUCAGAGGUCCUGAGACUAUGUGGAAUAACUGCUGCUAAUGCUGAACAAGGAGGUGCCCAUUUCCUCACAAAGUCUCAUAAAACAAGGGCGAGAGAGGUUAGAGCAGACUAUCAAAGCCUCCAGUUCCAGGCUGUCCUCCUAUGCUGAAAAAGUCGUCGCCUUAAUGGAACGUUCCAAAAGCCCAGAUUGUAACAGCCAGCCUUCAUCACCAACAGACAACAUCAAUCUUGGACCUUCUGCUAAUCCUAAUGCCAAACCAACAGAUUUUGACUUUCUAAAGAUAAUUGGCAAAGGUAGUUUUGGAAAAGUCCUUCUUGCAAAACGAAAGUCUGAUGGGAGGUUCUAUGCUGUGAAAGUUUUGCAGAAGAAAUCUAUCCUCAAGAAGAAAGAGCAAAACCAUAUCAUGGCAGAACGCAAUGUGCUGCUGAAGAAUGUGAAACAUCCUUUCCUUGUGGGGCUCCACUAUUCCUUCCAGACCAGAGAGAAACUCUACUUCGUGCUUGAUUAUGUAAAUGGAGGAGAGCUCUUCUUCCACUUGCAAAGAGAACGUUGCUUCCGGGAGCCCCGAGCACGCUUUUAUGCAGCUGAAAUGGUCAGUGCAGUGGGGUACCUCCAUUCCCUGAACAUCAUCUACAGGGACUUAAAACCGGAAAAUAUCCUAUUGGAUUGUCAGGGACAUAUUGUACUGACAGAUUUUGGGCUAUGUAAAGAAGGAAUGGAGCCAGAAGAAACAACAUCUACUUUUUGUGGCACCCCAGAGGUAUGGUAUGGAAAUAUUAUUAAAAUUUGAAUCCAUUUUUAAUGGGUAUUUCUGAAGCAUGGAAAAUAUACUUUUUUGAACAACCUCCAGAAUCCAGCAUGGCUAGUAACAAUGCUGCUUCAGGGAUUCUGGAAUCUUCAACCUAAACAAAUAACAAAACCAACAUAAAUUUGGUGAAGUAAAUUUGGACAUGAAAGUUGGACUAUUGAUGCUAGUUAUAACUGACAAAAAAAAAAAAACACCCUAGAAAUAUGCUGAAGCUAUUUUUUCUUAAAAGACUUGUGGUAACCUGGAAGCUACAGACAAGAAAAAAAGUGGAACUUCAUAUUUCAACGCUCAAUUGUAGAUUAUUAAUUUGUUGUACUGCAAGUUGCCUUGGGUAAAUAUUUUGUGGGAAAUGGCAUGCUCAUUAACUAAUCACCUCAGCAACCUGACUUUUCCAUAGAGUAACUACAGUAGCCCUCUGUUUUUGCGGGGGAUCC